AUCUACUAUAUCUAGUUACUUCUGACAACUGACGUCAGCCGCCACAACCACCUAUUUUCUUAAAUAUAGCUAUUUUUUUUUGAGAAUUAUCAAAACAUGGCUCUCUUGUUCUUGAAGCAAAAAUUCUUUCCUCGCGAGGACCAGCAGAAACUAUCGGGCAAACGGUUACUGUCCCGCUACGACGAUUCAUCAGAUACCGUGUCAGAGGACCUGGAAGCUCAGGGGACCAGAUCAUACGACACAUUCGGCAACAGACCCCAAUAUAAUGACGACGACCAAGAAGAAGACGCCUCUAGCACCAGCAGCUCGCGGUCUCGCAUCAACCCGCGCAUCGUCUCGGAUGCCAUUCUCGGCCUGUCUGAUGGUCUGACGGUCCCCUUUGCCCUCAGUGCCGGUCUGUCGGCGCUUGGAGACACCAAAGUAGUUGUCUUGGGUGGUCUUGCCGAACUUGCUGCCGGUGCAAUUUCCAUGGGCCUAGGCGGUUACGUCGGGGCCAAAAGUGAAGCGUACGUUUUCCUAUUAUAUCUUCCCCUUAUAUUUUUCUUUGUUUGCUUGAUCUUGCUGACUGUUCACAGUGAAUCGUAUGAAGCUACCGUCCGAGAGACUCAAGAGAUGAUCCGAAACUCCCCGGCCGAAACUGCAUCCAUCGUCCAUGACACGUUCUCCGCCUACGGGCUCACGGAAGAGGUCAUCUCGGACAUCAACAACUCCCUCCACUCAUCACCCAGCCAGCUGCGGGAUUUCCUGGUCGCCUUCCACCACAAGGAGACCGAGCCAGACUGUAACCAGGCGUGGAUGUCGGCCAUCACGCUCGCUCUGGGCUACUUCGUCGGCGGCUUCAUCCCGCUGAUCCCCUACUUCAUCGCCCACCAGGUCAUCGUCGCGCUGUACUGGAGCAUCGGCGUCAUGGGCGUCACCCUCUUCGCCUUCGGAUACACCAAGACCUGCAUCGUGCGCGGCUGGAGGGGCUCCGGCAAUGUUGUUGCCGGCAUCAACGGCGGUCUACAGAUGUGUCUGGUUGGUGGUAUCGCGGCGGGGGCAGCAAUAGGUCUGGUCCAGCUGAUUGAUCGGACAUAGUACAUAUAAUAAUAAUGAUAAUGAGUUACGACAACAAACCUUACGAUA